AUGAAUGGUGCAGCCAUCGAUAGGGUCCUGUACCAAGAAGAUUAUCGCAAAUACAAGCUAGUACGGAAAGAAUUGGGUUUAUUUCUUGGGUCUCAGAAACUUGAUGCCUCGAACCCUAAAUUAUUCAUACUGCUCGCUAAAAAUGUUCACUCCAACGGCCUUAAUUUGUACCUGCCUCUCAUGAUGGCUGAAGCAUCUGGAUCUGCGAACUUUAGUGGCAUGAGUGACGCCAAUGUCGUUUAUAAGGUCCUCUUGCAUUUCAAGCAUCACGAAAAGUUCCCCAUCCUGGUUCAAAAUGAUGAAGGAAUAACCCAAUCAUCUUUUGAACUGCAGAUCAACAGCACUUGCAGCUGGGCUUUAGUUAUGCCUGUGACUCAAUACCUCAUGGCUAGCGCCCGACCCUCUGGUGACUACUCUCAUUUAACGGGGGAGCAAAGACAAAAGAGAUUCAAUGGUGAAAAGGCUAAAAUUGCAGCUAGAGAGUACCUAAACGACCCGAAGUCCUCGAAAUCUAUUGUAGCCUCUCGAUACGAACUUUCACUCUCUACUUUGAAUGAUGCCAUAAAAAGAUUACAACGGCAGCGCGGUAUGAGUAACGAUGAGAACGCGGAACAUUUCGCCGAUUAUAGACAGACAACAGAUAAAAUUGCACGCAAAAGAGUAGCUAGCGUAGCGCUGUUAAACGUGUUAAAUUCUCAGGUGUCUCCCUCGAAAAAGUCCAAAUUGGUCUCGCAAGUGAGCUUCAAAUACAAUAUUCCCGAAAGAACUCUUCGCGACAGGCUGAAAGAUGUCAACCCAAGUAUCUCUCGGGUUGCUGAAGGAAUAAGACGCCGCAAACUUUCUCCUUCGGUAGAACAAUUCCUCACGACGUUUUAUGCCAUAAGUAAUCUCCAGAACUCACAGGUUACAGUUAAAGAAGCAGACGCAAUUUGCGAACUCAUGGCAAGUACAACCAACUGCUCUGAUAUGAAAUUAAUGAAUUGCUCACUAGGCGAGAAUGGUACUGUGAGUUUGCGUGAAAUGCUCAGACAUCACGAAGUUCAAUUGGGAAGAAAUUUCGGUUGGAGGUUCAGGCACCGUAAUGGAUUUACAUCUUCGAAGGCCAAGCGCAUGGAUAAACAUAGACUGAAGGCGUCAGAUGUUAAUAACAUUGCGAUGUGGCUUAACGACGAUGCAUUUAAAAUUUUGAGCUCUACCCCAGCAGAGUUGAUCUUCAACGCAGACGAAAUUGGAUUUGCCCAGACCUUGAACACGGUUAACCAACAUUCUCGAUUUGUGAGCAUGCGCAAAUCCACUCAUGGUCAAAAAAAGGGAGUAGUCUAUAAGGCAAAAGAGGUGGAAGAUAAUUCAAAGACUUUGACGACAGUUACAGCAUGCGUUUCAGCGGCGGGCGCUGUUGUUGCACCCAUGGUAACGGCAGCCUCAUCCAUUGCCAAAGAUAAUAAGGACUGCCAUGUUUUCAAUCCGCGCUUUGAAGCUUUGGCACGAUCAAAGCUACACCCAGGCGUGGGGGCAAACGUUAAUCUGCUCUUCACUUCGAAUGGCUGGAACAACCCUGCAGCCUUCUUAGAGUACGUAAAGUGGUUUGACGCUCACACGGUCGAUUUAGCACAGGCUCACAGUAAUGGGGGAGGACUUCGGCAGCGGAUUCUGAUUGUAGACAACCAUUUUUCGCACUACUGUUCCUCUGUUCUUGACUUUGUCACUAAAAGACGAAUCGUUCUGUUACUGCUGCCGCCAAACACUACACACAUCCUCCAACCAUUGGAUGUUGGAGUUUUCAGCAAUUUGAAAAAAAAGGUUCGAGCUCUCGCCACGGAGUGGUGCCCCGCGCCAAUUGUGGGACCAGAUGGUAAGCAUCGGCAUGGCCACUUUGACAUCCUAUGCAAUUUUAUCAAUGCACUAAAUCAUACCCUUUUGCAUGAUUUCGAACCCUCAACAGUCUGCCAAGCUUUCAAAACAGCUGGCAUAUAUCCACCCGAAAAAUCUUUGUUCAACCCUGCUGUAAGAAAUGUCAUGAAACAUUUCGAUUCUCAUGCUCGAAUGAAGGACAUCUUCCUUACCAAUAUCCUUCCACUAUCCCAAAAUGCAAGGCCCGAGCCGCGCACGAUUGCAGGUGCGCGGAUAGCAACUGAGGAUAGACCCGAGAGUUCUCAACAAGCUUCAAGCCCUUUAGUGCCGCUGGUAAGAGACCAGGCCUUCUUCAUUGGAGAGGAUGAGCUGGAAAGUCUUGACUAUCUUUGUGUUAACCUGGAGGAAGUACUCCACUGCACGUCUAGAGGCAAUGACGAAGGAAGCACGAGUGGUUCAGAGAGUGGGAAUGCAAGCGAAGCACAACAGCAGGCCGCUCCACAAUCUUUACUAAACCACGAGUUUCUAUCUAAAUUCACAUUUGAGGACGUUCUAAAGCUGGUCACAGAUCUCGUAGGCGGUCAAAACAGUGACGAGGGUUUGUCAUUGGUUCCUAAGUUAAUGGAAAGAUUGGAAAAAUGCUCGGAAAUAGCUUUCAGCUCCAAUUCGCAUCUCACAAUCACGAAGGAACUUUUUUUGGAACAGCAAACUAAUGUCAUGGGCAUCGUGAUGUACUUGAUAUACUUUGGCGCUUGUUUUCUCGGACUACGCGAACAAGCCAAAAUAGAAGAAACGCUACAGAUACACGAGGGUAGGAGGGACGCAAACACAAGCGCACUAAGAGUCCAAGACGCCUCUACAACCAAUAUUUUAAGAGACUUGUCAAAAAAGCAGUUCUUCAAGCUCUUUCCAAAAGUGGCGGGAGAUGUCGAUCGCGAUCUUGUUAAAAAGAUCGAACAGCUUCAACGUUCAACACAAAACACUGCAUCCAUGAGUGAAGCUUUGGUGAAUGAAUUGAGCUCCAGCGUGUGGGACUUUUUGCAGAGGAUGGUCAAAAACGAAAACUCUGUUUUGUCGUUACAAUCAGAAGACCUGAAAAAUAAGGUACUUACAAUGGCGCUGAAUGCCCCAGAGGCUCUGGCCAAAGCUGCAACUGUCAAGAGUAUGUUUGAUCAUACGGGCGGCUUGCCCUUUAGCAGAAAGCAUCUGCCAUUGGUGUCGAAAAUUGAAAGCCUUGGGUCGGUACCGGAGGAGCUUUUAAAUCCGGAACUAUCUGACGAAGAGUUUGAGUUGCGACUAUCGUCUUUGCGAGAAGUUGCAACCCUAGCUUUAGAAGAGAUGAGCAGUGUAGAUGAGGAGUCGGAUUCGCUUGACGGCGAUACCAUGACGGAAGAUGAUCCGCUUCAGACUGAAGAGACGAACCAGAAGUUGCUUCAAAAUUGGUUUUUGGUCUACCAUGUUGAUAAUGUUGUGAGUCGCAUUGCGAACAGCAGGGAGAAUGUGAAGUUAAGAUCGCAGAAUCAGGUUUACAGACAGAAGAUAGACGCGCUUACUCAGGUCAUAGCGGAGAUGGCUAACAAUGUACGCCAUUCGACCAACCAACUUUUUUACGAAGACCCCGCAAGUUCAUUAUUUGACUGUGGAGUAGAGGACAAUCCAUUUAUAUAG